UUGUUACUGGCCAUAAAUUAUUGCAACGACUAGCCGCUAGCACGUCUACUCUGGCUAGAAUAUAAUUCGAAUAAAAAAUAAAUUGUUUCCAUUUUUUUAUUUUCAAAUAAAUGGUUGAAUAUUUUUUAGAUUCAUUAGCUGUAAAAUUUCAUUUAUGAGUUUUAAUAACUAAUUUGUUCACAUGUGUCAUUUUUGUUUCGUCAUUGAUAAAUUAAUGAACUAAGGUAGUGUGAUGUUCCUUCCGUUCAGGAAUUUCCUAUUAACGUUCAAAUGGCAGCAAUACUUAGCAGCAUCUUUGGCAAGCUACGGCAGCCUGUGCACGGGCAUGGCGAUGGGCUGGACGUCCCCCGUUCUGCCUCAACUCAGGGGGGAGAACUCCCCCCUCCCGCGGGAACCCACGCUUCAGGAGGAGUCCUGGAUCGGCUCUCUACUCGUGCUGGGGGGGCUUUUUGGUCCUCUCAUAACAGUGCCCCUGUCGAAAUACGUGGGUCGUCGCUGGAUCAUCAUGAGCACCAACCUGCCGCUGCUCCUGGGUUGGCUUCUGGCUGGGGUGGCCACGGACCUGGGCACACUGUACGUGGCCAGGCUUCUGUGGGGGUGCGCCACGGGCAUGCUGUUCGCGACCGUACCCAUUUACAUCGGAGAGAUCGCUGAGGACAAGAUCCGCGGCUCCCUGAGCGCCCUUUUCCUCCUCUUCAUCAAUGUGGGCUUCCUCCUGGCCUACGCCAUCGGACCGUUCACUUCUUACUGGGGCCUGACAGCCGCCGGUGGUAUUCUGUCCUUGUUCUACCUACCUUGCACCUGGUUCAUACCUGAGACGCCGUUCUUCCUGGUUUUCAAAGGCCGUCACGACGAAGCAUCAGCAGUUCUUCAAAAGUUACGUGGAUCUAGCAAGGAAGCCGUGCAACCUGAACUGGAAGGUCUGCAGGCACUGGUCACCAGGGAGUUCCAGGAGGAGCCCAGGAUACAGGACCUGUGGGCCUCCAGGGGCAAUGUGAAGGCAUUGGGUAUCUGCGUGUUCCUGGCGAUGCUCCUCCAACUGUCGGGCAUCGACGUGCUGUUGUUCUACAUGGAGGAGCUCCUCGCCAAAGUCGGCACCAGCAUCUCUGCUUCUGAUGGCACCAUCAUCAUGGGAGUCGUUCAGGUAGUGACCAGUUGCGUGACGCCACUGGUGGUGGACAAACUCGGGAGGAAACUGCUCAUGUGGACCACUUCACUUGGCCUCACCAUAUUCUUGUUUCUUAUAGGCGUGUACGCUCUGCUGGACUCAUACUUCAAGUACGACCUGUCUUCCGUCGCCUUCAUACCGCUGCUAUGUCUCAUCAUCUACAUGAUUCUCUUCACUCUGGGCGUGGGUCCUGUGCCGUGGAUCUUGGUGGCGGAGAUGUUCCCGGUGAAGACCAAGUGUCUCGCCAGCGGGAUCUGCUCGUUUAUGUGCUGGCUGGCGGGAUUCAUCUGGACCAGAUUCUUCCGCGACGUAGCAGCGUCGUACGGCAUAUACACGGCGUUCUGGAUACUAGCUGUGUGCUGCGGCAUCGGGUUUAUAUUCUCCGCUACUUUGCUGCCGGAGACCAAGGGCAAGACCUUCGAUGAGAUUCAGGACUUGCUCAACAAUAGGUCUAAAGAAGAAAAAUCUGCUGACGACGUAUAAUCCUAUAUUUAUACUUUUUAUAAUACUUAAUUUACAUAAUAUUAUCAUUACUUAAUUUAUUACAUCGUAAUUAAUUUAAGCACAAUUCAAUAAUAUAUUAAAAAUAAUAAAACAAUAACAUCGAAGUA